AUGAGUGUGAUUGAUAUUCUAUUCCGGGCCGACGAGAUAUGCAAGAGAUACGACAAGUACGAUGUCGACAAGCAGCGCGACCUCAACGCCUUCGGCGACGAUGCCUUCUCUCACCUCUACGCCAGCGUCGAGGCCCAAAUCGUGGCAGCUCUCCAUAAAUCUGAGAUGGCUUCGGUGGAAACCAAUAGGGCGGCUGCGGUUGCGAUGAACGCGGAGGUUCGUAGAACCAAGGGUCGGUUGCUGGAUGAAAUUCCCAAGUUACGAAAAUUGGCACAGAAGAAGGUGAAAGGAUUGUCCAAAGAAGAACUAGCCACCCGCAGUGAUCUGGUUCUUGUGCUACCAGAGAGAAUUCAAGCAAUACCAGAUGGGACCAUGGCUGCAGCCAAACAAGCUGGAGGAUGGGGAACUUCAGCAUCUCAUAAAAACAUCAUGUUUGACCCAUCAGAUGGACACUUACAUGAUGAAUUUUUCCAACAAAGUGAAGAAUCUAGUCAAUUUAGGCAAGAAUAUGAAAUGCGGAAAAUGAAACAGGAUCAAGGCCUAGAUUUUAUAUCAGAAGGACUAGAUACACUGAAGGAUUUGGCCCAUGAUAUGAAUGAGGAAUUAGAUAGGCAAGUCCCAUUAAUGGAUGAAAUUGAUACGAAGGUGGACAGAACAACAUCUGAGCUUAAGAACACUAAUGUUAGACUAAAGGACACUCUUACAAAGAUGAGAACGAGUCGAAACUUCUGUAUCGACAUUAUUCUGCUUUGCAUAAUUCUGGGCAUUGUUUCCUACUUAUAUAACGUGCUGAACUGAAAUGGUUUUUGGGAGGAUUCUGCAGGUUCUCUGGUAGCAUAUUCCCUUCAUUUCUUCCAGCGAUUGUCUGCUUCUUGUGUUUCGACCGAGUAGGGUCCUGACCAAAAGAGUGGACUGGUCUAUUAGAGAAAGAGAAUCGAGCUUUAUGAAAUGAUUGGCAAUAGAUGAUAAUUGAGAUAAAAGGAGAACUUAACCCCCACUUGAAGAUUAGGCUAAAAUCUUUGUGAAUCUUUUAUUGUCGAGUUAUUUUCAUCAUUCAGGAGUUGU